AUGAAUGGAAGAAGACCAUCGGGAGAAGCCAACCAACAUGUCCGCUUGAACAUCAAUACAGCAUGGUUGGAAUCUGUCCAAGAUAGAGCGCGCGAGUCCUUGCACAGAAAACCCCCUACUGGGCCAACCAUUUUCAGAGUCCCCCCGACGUUGCGGCGUGGCAAUGAGCUUGCCUACGAGCCAAAACUGGUCUCCAUCGGGCCUUACCAUCAUGACAAGGAGGACUUGAAGGCCAUGGAGGGACUCAAGUGGCGGCUACUGCACCACUACCUCUCCAAAGUUCCAAACGGGGGAAAAAACGAGGGCCUAACAAAGAUAAAGGAUUUGGAGAAUCGGGCUCGGGAUUGCUACUCGGAAGUGAUCGAUAUGGGUAGCGAUCAGUUUGUGGAGAUGCUGCUACUUGAUGGAUGUUUCCUCGUUCAAAUAUUAAACAAGGAUCUGCAAGCGGAGGAGCUCAGUUCGCUUGUCCACGGUAACUGGUGGUUCGAUUUUAAUAUUUUUGUAGACCUGAUGCUGCUAGAAAAUCAACUUCCGUAUUUCAUUGUCCAGCACCUCCUCGAAACACUGGGGAUGCCAGGGUGGGAUAGCUCCCGCCUUCUGAAUGCUGUCAUCUAUAGGUUCUAUCAAUUUGGAUCACUGUGUCGGGAAGAUCGAGAUCCAGAGCUGCCGGCCGAAGGCUUCGAUGUGGAUCAUUUACUCCACUUGUUCCACCGAUGGAUCCGGGGCUUCCCAAGAUCAGACGUGUCCAGCACAACAAGCGACAGUAAUGGAUCAAGGACUACUUAUUCUGCUUUAUCCCUAAUAAUCGACAGGACUAGGGCUUGUCUCUCCAAGGUGUUGCCGUGCCGUAGCAAUUCUUCGCUUUCAGGGAGAAGCCCUGGGGCCCUGCGCCCCAUUACUAGACUUGCAGAGGCUGGAGUGAAAAUCGAGGUGAAGUCAGCAAGUAGCUUUCUAGACAUUACGUUCUGUGAGGAUCAGGGGGUGUUGAAAAUCCCGGCCAUUAGUGUUGAUGGGACCACGAACUCGUUUUUUGCAAACCUGAUUGCUUUGGAGCAAUGUAGCUGGAGACACGGGAUGGAUGUCACUGAAUAUACCGUGUUCAUGGAUGGCAUCAUCGACACCUCAAGAGAUGUGGAGUUGCUCCACCGGGAAGGGAUUAUUCAACCGUAUACUGUAGAUGACGCGGACAUUGCAUCUCUCUUCAACAAAUUAAGCAGACAUGCUGUUUUCUCUCCCGGACGAAGCUACCUUGCGGAUGUGUGCGAGGGCUUGAACACUUACUGCGAGUCGAGAUGGCCUAGGUGGCGCGCCAAACUUGUGCACGACUAUUUCAGCAAUCCAUGGACGAUCAUUUCAUUAGUAGCAGCUGUCGUACUCCUUGGACUCACUAUUCUCCAAUCAGUCUACGCUAUUUUAGAUUACUACAAAAGGUGAUCAGCCACGGUGGCUGUCAUCCUCAGCAUAUCAUGGCUAAGUGCUGAAAAGAAAUUUGAAUCCUGUUCUGUUUGCAAACGAGCAAAAGUCAAUCCUGCUCUUCAGGAUAGUGUGCUUUGUCAUAGUGUUCGAUUCUGAUUAUAGCUAUUGUUGUUGCGUGUCUGGUUAAGUC